AAAAAAAUAAAGAAAAAAUCGAGGAGAAGUUCAAAAAAGUGAUUUUCGUCAUGUUCUCAAAACUCGAAUAAUUCUAAUAAUAAUAAGCCAUCAGUAAUAAUUUGGUUGUGUAUUGUAAUUUUGUCAAUAAUAACAUGCGCCUAUCUGAUAAACAACAUCUGGAACAAACGCACCCAAAAUCUAGUCGUUGUUAACUUGGACGGAAGAUUAACGCCUGUUUGGGCAAUUCCAUUUCCCAUGAUAACAAUUUGCCCCCCGCUCAAGAUUCACCACAAAAUGUUCAACUUCACAGAACGACCAACAAAUUUAACAGAAGAUGUGCAAUACCGUGCUGAGAUUGUAUCACAAACAUGUAGGUUCUCUGAUAAAUUUGACUAUUAUGCUGAUUAUACAUUUGAAAACACAAUACCGAAUGCAUCAAAAUUAAUCGAAAUUAUGUCGAAUGUUGCCCCAACACUUGACACUUUUUAUGGAUGCAAAUGGAGGAGAAAAUCUAUUCCUUGUCAUCAUUUGUUUGAUCCUGUUUUAACAGAAAAUGGAAUUUGUUUUUCAUUCAAUUCAUUCAAAUCUGAACAUUAUCGGAAUGAAUUUAAAAAUUCCCCUCCAAAUGUUUCCUUCGAUAAUAACUUUGACAAACCUGAUCGAAAAAUUGAAUGGGAUCUUGAACAUGGUUACAAUGACGAAGCUCUACGUUCUUUGAAAGCUUAUCCUUUUCAUACCGCUGGAGCAGGACCGUCACAAGCUCUUCAACUACAAUUAGCAGAUGAAUAUCGAGGCAGAGAUAAUAAAUGUAGAACUUACGAACAUCACAUCACAUUAAUUCUUCAAACUCCAGGAGAAGAACCACAAGUAUCUAAUAAUUACAAUUUUCUUCCUUUUCAUCAUUAUGUUACGGUUACAAUCAAGCCUCAAAUUAUGACAACUUCUGAACGAUUGCGACAUUAUACACCAGAAAGGCGCCAAUGCUACUACCAAUAUGAACGUAAUUUGAGGUAUUUUACGAAGUAUACUCAAGCUAACUGUGAGUUGGAAUGUCUGGCUAACCUAACCCUCGCCGAAUGUGGAUGUGUCCAUUUUUCAAUGCCAAGAACAUCAUCUCAUCCAGUUUGUGGAUUUCGAUCUUUAUCUUGCGUUAACAAAGUCGCAACUGAUUUUACUAGUUGGAAAUUUAUGACAAUGACAAAGUCGAAUAUUAAAAAUGCAUCAUGUAAUGGUAAUUGUUUGCCAACUUGUUUUGAUGUAAAAUACAAAGCAGAGAUUGAACAAGUUCCAUUUACAGUUAUUAACCCAUUUGCGCGUUUAGUAGCUUUGGAAGUUAAAUUCGAUGAAGACGUCUUCAGUAAUUUGAUACGUUCCGAAGUGUACAGUAAGACAGAUUUUAUUGCAGAUUGCGGAGGAUUGCUGGGACUUUUUAUGGGUGUUUCGAUUUUGAGUUUGGUGGAACUUGUUUACUAUUUAACCGUUAGACUGUGGUUGAAUUUGAAAGAGAGAAGACGGAUAAAUGCCAGAGAAAUAAAAAAGGAAAUUAAAGAAAUAGCUUGAGUUGAAAUUUUUGUAAAAUAUUUGAACUUAUAAAUUUUCAAAUCUUAAUCAAAAUAAAUGGAUUUAACUUACCUAA